CAUUCACAUGUAUCACCCCCGGUUCCACUUCCUGUCGAUGACCGAACCCCGUCGCUCACAUGGACGAUGAUGUCGGCUUGGACAUAACUUCUGCUAGAAGAGGCCAUUUCUUGACGUUCGGCUAGCUCCGGGCACUUGUGGGUCUGUGUGUAUGGAGGGAGAGAGAGAGAGAGAGAGAGAGUCUUGGGUAGGAGUGAAGCCUUUUCUUUUCUUGCUUUCCUUCUGGGUUUUUGAGCUUUUGAUCGAGCGUGAGAAAAGGAGACCGAGCUGAGACCAGAGAUUUUCAAGAAUUCAAAUUGCAGAUUUUCCAGAUUUCAACCACAGAGGAGCCAACUACAUUGCUGGGGUCUUGAGCCUCUCCAAUGUGAAACAAGAAGCUUUAGAUUUCAGAAAGCUGAUGAUUACUCAGGAUACCAUCAACCCAAUUCAGCUCAGUCCAUUUCCAGUUGAGAAUGGUUUUUCAGCAAGCAAUUCUUGCAAUUAUCACCACACUCUCGAUCAUCUCUCUAGCAGAAGCUCACAAUGCCAUGAAUUGCAACCGAUCAUGUGGAACUGGAGCAUCUGCCAAGCAUGUGAAUUUCCCAUUUGGAUUCUCCGGCGACUGCGAAAUCCAGCUCGGCUGCGCCCACAACUCCGAGAUCAGAAUCGGGGAAUUUCGAGUCCUGAACUUGACCCCAUAUAGCAUAAUCGUUGAUCUCCCAGCGAAAUGCAACCGCCCAGUCACUUCGAUUAAGUCUCUUUUUAGCAAAAAUUAUGCACCCACUUGGACAAAUGGCUUUCUAUUCCAGAAAUGCAAAGUCCCUUUGAGUGGAUGCCUCGUGCCGGCAAGUUUUGUGAAAAACCGAUUCGUGAAUGAGAGCUGUCAAGGAGAAAACAUAACAUGUUACUCAAAAGAGAGUAACCAGGGGGUUGAUUUGAUUGCAUAUGGGAGUCUGAUUAAUAAAGGUUGUGAUUUCUUGUUCUCUUCCAUUGCUGCUGUUGACCCGGAGAAGAACUCCCUCGAGUUUCAAGCUCUGGAGUUGGGAUGGUGGCUCAAUGGGUCAUGUGAUUAUUGCUCAGUUAACGCAAGUUGCACGAGUGUUCCUCUUCUUGGGGGUGGUUCAGGGUUCAGGUGUGAGUGUGAUCAUGGUUUUGAAGGUGAUGGCUUCAUCCACGGUGAAGGUUGCCGGAAAGCUUCAAGUUGUGGCACUUCAAACUACUUUUCCAGGGGCUGCAAAGGAAGUAUAAGAGUCAUUGGAGGGGUUACUGCUGGAGCUUCCUUAAUGGCUGCUCUCGCUGUCAUCUGUUUCUUUGCCCAUCGCCGAUCCGCUACUCUGCGCAACCAGAUGAGUGUGAAGCGCCUUCUCUGUGAAGCAGCUGGCAACUCCAGUCUUCCCUUGUACCAGUACAAAGACAUCGAAAGAGCCACCAACAAUUUCUCCGAGAGGCAGAGGCUGGGUACUGGGGCCUACGGCACAGUCUAUGCUGGGAAGCUCCACAACGACGAAUGGGUUGCUAUUAAGAAGAUCCGGCACAGGGAUACAGACAGCAUUGACCAAGUCAUGAAUGAAAUCAAGCUCCUAUCAUCCGUGAGUCAUCCCAAUCUUGUCCAACUCUUGGGUUGUUGCAUUGAGCAGGGCGAACAGAUUCUUGUUUACGAGUUCAUGCCAAACGGAACAUUGUCUCAGCAUUUACAAAGAGAGAGAGGGAAAGGACUUCCCUGGACAAUAAGGCUUACCAUCGCGGCUGAAACUGCUCGUGCCAUUGCCUAUCUCCAUUCAGCUGUGAACCCGCCCAUAUAUCAUAGAGACAUCAAGUCCAGCAACAUACUCUUGGAUUACCACUAUAGAUCCAAAGUAGCGGAUUUUGGCCUUUCCAGGCUCGGAAUGACAGAGACUGGGGAUUCCCACAUCUCUACUGCCCCACAAGGGACUCCAGGCUACCUUGAUCCUCAAUAUCAUCAAAAUUUCCAUCUUUCCGACAAGAGCGAUGUCUACAGUUUUGGGGUGGUCCUUGUGGAGAUCAUAACUGCACUAAAAGUGGUGGACUUCUCCCGACCCCACAGCGAGGUGAACUUGGCUGCGCUAGCCGUUGAUAGGAUAGGUAGAGGUAGCGUGGAUGAUAUCAUCGACCCGUUCCUCGACCCACAACGGGAUGCAUGGACACUCUCCUCUAUUCAUAAGGUUGCCGAGCUGGCUUUUCGAUGCCUCGCGUUUCACAAGGACAUGAGGCCUUCCAUGACAGAAGUUGCCGGGGAACUCGAGCAGAUAAGGCUCAGUGGGUGGGCGCCGCUAGAAGAGCAUAUAUUCGCAGCAUCCUCGGUGGCAUCCUCCUGUUCCUCGCCGUAUAACGGGAGCGAGAGGUCCUUCGGUGGCAUGUCGAUGAAGAGAGCACCUGCGAGUCAACGUCUGGUCGUGACGCCGAGGGCGGCUGAUUCUUUGGGCUCGGUGGAGGAGUUGAAGGACUCUUCACCGGUUUCAAUUCAGGAUUCUUGGUUAAGCGAACAGAGCUCGCCUUCGACCACCAGCUUGCUGAGUAACGUGGUUCGAUGAGCACGUCUUCGACCACCAGCCGGUGGACUGGCUCUCCAAUCAUCCUGU